UCCCUUCGAUGUUCGCCCACUUCCGUUUCACCAAACUAAAGAAGAAGACGAAGCGGAAGCAGCCCGGUAGCUUCUUGCUAACUCGUUAGCACCUCAUGUUUCUGAGCUGGAACUUUGUCUGAAAGUCAAAAUGAACAAACUGAAUAAAUCUCAGGAGUUUGACUCGUAUGAGAUCGAGGAGCCGAGCGAUGAGGAGAGAGCAGAGAGCAGUUCAGAGGACGAGCUGGACGUGCUGCUGAACGGGACGCCGCAGCAGAAGAAGAAGUUGAUCAGAGAGUAUCUGACGGGGGAGAGCGAGUCGUCCAGCGGCGAUGAGUUCGAGAAGGAGAUGGAGGCGGAGCUCAGCUCCACCAUCAAGACCAUGGAGGGAACCUGGGGACCAGCAGCAGCAGGAACCUCAGGAGGCGGCGGCGGUCUAGAACGUCCUAACUGUCUGACGUAUGAUGAGGUUUAUUUUGACUCGGACUCAGAUGGGGAGGACACACCAAGCAACUCCGCCAGCCGGAGGCGGAAACAGCGGGUCAUACCGACCAAUGACGAGCUGCUGUACGACCCCGACGAGGACGACAGGGACCAGGCCUGGGUGGACGCCAGGAGACAUUAUAACAGCAGGAAGCGACCAGCUGCAGGGUCUCGGUCGCAGCCUCGUGGGUCUCGGGGUUUACCGAACAGCGACGCCGUCCUCAACUGUCCCGCCUGCAUGACCACGCUGUGCCUGGACUGUCAGAGGCAUGAAAAGUACCGAACGCAGUACCGAGCGAUGUUCGUCAUGAACUGCGCCGUGAAGAGAGACGAGGUGCUGCGCUACAAAACCCAGACGGAGGCGAAACAGAGGAGGAGGAAGAGGAGGCGGGGACAGAGGACGGGCACGGAAGUGGACGAGACGCCGGACCCGGCGCCGGCGGGGAUGGACGCCGACGAGAUUUACCAUCCGGUUCAGUGCACCGAGUGCUCCACCGAGGUGGCCGUGUUCGAUAAAGACGAGGUGUACCACUUCUUCAACAUCCUGGCCAGCCACUGCUGAGACGAGCCGAGACAGACACGCAGACGAUUUCUUAUUAUUUCAUCCAGUUUGUCUGAGAUGUUUCAUGUUUCAGCUCGCAGCAGCUUUUCAGAA